UGUACUUCCACCUGUUUUCUCAGGGCGCAGCUUGAAUCAGAAAACAUUUGUUUGUCACUUCUUCUUGUCAUUCAUUUAUCUCUUGUUCUUCGUUUCUCCGGUGGAUGCAGGUUAUUGUUUGACAGCCUGCGUUCCCCUGCAAUGGCGCCCAAGAAGGAGGGCGACGUGGUGUUCUCUUUCAACGGAAAAUACGUUUCUUGGGCUCAUACAGUCGUCGCAUAUGCUGCGUUUAUUGGAGCUUUCAUAGUCGGUGUCUCGCUCCAUUACCACAAAAUUGUACAAAACGAACACUAUGGCUAUCCUGAAGAGUGGUUUCCCUCCGUCUCUGCCACCAUCGGCGACCGAUACCCUGAACGAUCUGUCUUUAUGGUCUUCAUUGCCAUCACCUCUGGGCCUCGCUUUGUCCUGGUUGGGCUGUUCUACCUCCUCACAAGAAGACCGAAGUCCAGCCUGCCAGGUAUCGUUGCAGCAACAGGACUGUUCAGGACUCUUACAUGCGGAGGAUGGACAUACGUGACAUCUACCGAUGACCAUGAUUGGCACGAUAUCUUCAUGAUAUCCUAUCUUGUUGCUACCCUACCUUGGACGUUGGGCUGUCUUGCACUAAGUCCUCCCAAUCCUGCCUCAAUUAAAUAUCGAAAAGUCCUGGCUGGUCUUUUCUUCGGAACCCUUGUCCCUCUAGUUUAUUUCUUCAUUCAGCACAAGGUCCAUAAAGUGGCCGGCGCAUAUACGAUUUACGCCUUCUUUGAAUGGGCACUUAUCCUGUUCGACGUGGCCUUUGAUGCCGUGACAGCACUUGAUUUCCAAACAUUUGAGCUUGUUGUGAAAGAUAUCAACGGUCUCAGCAGAGGUGACGCCAAGCUCCUCAAGGAAUCAGUGAAGGAGAAAGAUCGCGACAGUGCUCUAAUUCAUACCUCCACCUUCGACGGUCCCUACUACUGGCCCGCCAUGCUCGACGCCCUGGCUGAAAUCCUCCAUGGCUACUUUUUUUGGUCUGUUCUCACGUCCCUAGGCGUUCUCGUCUGGUAUUUUCCGCUAUGGCAUAUGGGUAUAUCAGGCUAUGAAGUCAUGGUCAUGUCUACUGUUUCGCCUUUCUUGCUCGGUGUUCCAUUCCUCCGGUCUCUGGCAAUCAAACACAACCGAUGGGUCCAUAUGUCGUCUUUGGUGGGACUUGCUGCCUGGCUUGUCAAGGAUCCCGCCCAUCGACUGUUUACCGUUGGCUUCGCGGUGUGGAUGGGAUGUCUGGGCUGGUCAGCCGCAUGGUAUGCUGAAAGACGAAAUUCCGCGCGCCUCCAGAGCCGGAUACUGGCUUGGAGUAUCGGACUUGUUCUAUCGAGCAUUUCCAAAUUCGCCAACCACACAAACAAUCCUGUCUGGCCCAUCCUGCAUCCCGGCAUUGGUGGCUGGAACAAAACUGCCUUGGUAGUUGCUAUUUUCGCCGUCUGGCGAUCGACGCGACAAGUUUCUACUAGCGGGGGCGAUUAUGUUCCACCAAAUGCGAGAAAAGGAUCAAGUCUUUUGGCUGGACUCGGCUUUGGUGGACUCGUAUUCGCUAUGCACUCUCUGCUCUCCGACUCCAGCACGAUGAUUUUAUGGGUCUGGGAAGGCUAUCCUGUGCGAGGACCAUUGGCAGUACCUCAAGGAGCUGUAACGUUGCUCGUCAUGAGUGCGGGUCUGUUUUUCGGCAUCGCCUUACCAGGUUUCUUUGGAUCAUGGACUGCAUUUGGACUGGGAUCUGUCGGUGCUGCCUUGCUUACCCUCUACGGUAACUGGACUGGCUUCUACGGUGGCCUUGUUUUGGCCUUCUAUACUAUGGGAGUUGCUCCUGUCCUUAUUUCCUCGGCUGUCCAACACAACCCAGCCAUCACUUUCGGACUUGGCUUCCUCUUCUACAACGUGAUGGUCCUGUUCCAUGUCUGGGUUGUAGCCUAUGCUUUCGUACCCGGCGGACCACUUGUCAGAGAGCACACCGACUGGGUUAUGAUUACGACUAUGCUGAUGAUCGGUGCUGGAGUCUUUUCAGCGCUAAUUACGAAUGGCAGCCACAAACAAAAGACAACGUCGAGCCCCCGCGAACGAAAACAAUCAGCUUACUAUCUCCACAUCCUACUUGCGUUACAGCUGCUGACGGGCUCUAUCGCGUAUCUACGAUUUCCAACGAACGAUUAUGUGCCCUACCACAAGGAUGAGAAACUCAUCACGGCUGGUAUCUGGACGAUCCACUUUUCACUUGAUAAUGAUAUGUGGUCCUCUGAGAGACGGAUGCGGGAUGCUAUCAAGGAACUCGAGCUUGAUGUGGUCGGGCUGCUUGAGUCAGAUCUGCAACGGAUUAUCAUGGGCAACCGCGAUACUACGCAAUAUCUAGCCGAAGAUCUGGGCAUGUAUGUGGACUUCGGUCCGGGACCCAACAAACAUACCUGGGGAUCAGCGUUGCUCUCGAAAUUCCCCAUUGUCAAUUCGACUCAUCAUCUUCUGCCCUCGCCGGUUGGUGAACUUGCACCUGCAAUCGAAGCUACUUUGGACGUGUACGACACGCUGGUGGAUGUUUUCGUGUUCCACUCCGGACAGGAAGAAGACCCAGAAGACCGACGGCUACAGUCGGAGUAUCUUGCCAAACUGAUGGGUGCCAGCUCUCGGCCAUCUAUUCUGCUCAGCUACCUUGUGGUCAAACCAAAAGAAGGCAACUACAACACGUACGUAGGCGAGGUCAGUGGUAUGCACGACAUUGAUAGGAGCGAUUGGGAUCGAUGGUGCGAGUAUAUCCUCUACAAGGAUAUCAAGAGAGUGGGUUAUGCCCGUGUCAGCCGAGGUACCAUUACAGAUACCGAGAUCCAGGUCGGGAAAUUUGUCGUGGGAGAACCAGCCUCAUACACAGACGAGAGGAUUCCUGAAGAGCAGGUUCCACCGGGACGCCGAUUCCCAGCCUUGUUCCGGGGCGAGGGGGUUCGCGGUCAUAGAUACCAUGUCUUUGACGAGCCAUGGUAUUAUGCAUGAAACAUCAACCUGAAGCAAAGCUACCUUCAGUAUUCAAGGAAAUGUUGAUAGCUCUGCUGUGGUAGAAGCCAAGCAGACAAUGAAAUGAAAGUCUCAGCCAA